CGUCACUCCCAUGAUGCAACAGGCAACAAAGGCUCGAGCGAGUAACCGUAACGGGGGGGUGAGGGAGACAAGAAGAGGUGAAAAAAAAAGUUUAAACACCCCAUAAUAGGACCUUCCAUCGCAGCGGGGAAAGCUUGAGAAAGUUGUUUUAUUGUUUCGGGAAGUCGGAGCGGCGUGAAGGAUGAAGACGAGAGCCGGGGGCUUUAGCUGCUGUGUCGGAGACGGCGGCGGCUCCUCCUCGGCGUUGAGCUGCGGGCUGUGAUCAAGAACGGUGGUCUUGGAGUUAGACGGGAGAGGUCGGGGAGAAAUCAUAAUCGUGACGUUUACAUAUUUGGCGCGACUUGGGGUUUGGAAUCGACACGGCUGGACGGAGGACACUUUGUGUGAGUGACGGCUAUGUCAUCAUUUUCAUGAAGUAAUUUAGAGUCCAUGAACAGCCACCGUGGAGAAUAUUUCAGCAAGCUGCCUAGGAGAAGAGGAUAGCCUUUUCCCUAAUUUGGUUGGGACAAUCAGGAUGAAGAAAAUUAGCCUUAAGACGUUGCGUAAAUCCUUCAACCUCAGUAAAGGCAAAGAUGAAGGAGAGUUUGUAGUGGUGCAACAGCCAGCAUUGGCAGGCGAUUUUGGGAAGGAAGACUCCAUUUUUGGGGGCUGCUAUGGAAAGGAUCUGGCAAGCUGUGAUUUUAAUAGUGAAGACGAGAAGGGACAUAAGAAUCGGUCAAAAAGUGAAAGCCUCAUGGGCACCCUAAAAAGGCGUCUAUCUGCCAAACAGAAGACUAAAAGUAAAGGAAGCUCACCGUCAGUUAGCUCAGUAGAUGACGACACGUUUUCCUCCUCCUCUGCCCCUAUUAGCUUUAAUGAUGUGAAAGCCCAGAGGCCUUUAAGGUCUACUUCCUUACGUAGCCACCAUUAUAGCCCUACUCCUUGGCCACUUAGGCCAGCCAACUCGGAAGAAACCUGUAUUAAAAUGGAAGUCAAAGUUAAAGCCUUGGUUCAUUCAUCCAGCCCCAGUCCAGCACUAAACGGUGUCCAUAAGGAAUUUCACGAUCUCCCAGUGGAUAGUUUGUUUCAGGAACAAAGUAGUUCUUUAAAAAGUACAGAGUCACAGAAUGGUGACUUGCAUUUAAAUAUUGAUGAGCAUGUGCCUGUAGUUAUUGGACUUACACCUCAGGACUAUAUUCAGUACACCAUGCCUUUAGAUGAGGGAAUGUAUCCUGUUGAUGGAUCACGUCCAUAUUGCCUAGAUGGCUCCUCUCCAAUGGAAGUGAUGUCUGUUUCAACACCAAUAGGCGGGAGCGCUCUCCUUGUGGAUGAGGUUCAGGAAUCACAGGAUCUGGAUGUGACACCAGAUAUCUUUAUGGAACCUACAGUGAAUGGACUUUUGAUUGGCACUACAGGGGUGAUGCUUCAGAACUCCAGGAUUGAUGCACCUCCCCUCUCCCCUCUUCUACCUCCUGUCCCAAGCAUUCAAAUCCAAAGGAACUUUCCAGUGCUUACUGGUGCCGAUGCCCAUGUUGCUGAGAGGAUGCGCCACCAUUUGAACUUUGACCCUAACUCAGCCCCUGGAGUUGGGAGAGUUUAUGAUUCGGUACAGAGUAGUGGACCAAUGGUGGUGACAAGCCUGACAGAAGAGCUAAAGAAGCUUGCCAAACAGGGUUGGUACUGGGGCCCCAUAACACGCUGGGAAGCAGAAGAGAAGUUGGCCAACCUCCCUGAUGGUUCCUUCUUAGUACGUGAUAGUUCAGAUGACCGUUAUCUCUUAAGUCUGAGCUUUCGCUCACAGGCCAAGACUCUCCAUACAAGGAUAGAGCAUUCUAAUGGCAGGUUCAGCUUCUAUGAACAGCCCGAUGUGGAAGGCCACAUUUCUAUAGUAGACCUCAUUGAACAUUCUAUCAAAGACUCUGAAAAUGGAGCUUUUUGCUAUUCUAGGUCCCGUUUGCCUGGGUCAGCGACUUAUCCUGUCAGGCUAACAAACCCAGUUUCUCGGUUUAUGCAGGUGCGCUCGCUGCAGUACUUGUGCCGGUUUGUCAUUCGCCAAUAUACCAGAAUAGAUCUGAUUCAGAAACUGCCUUUGCCAAACAAAAUGAAAGAUUACCUGCAGGAAAAGCACUACUGAUUUUAUAUUAAAAAAAAAAUAAUGCUUACGGGACCUUUUUGCAACUUGCACUUUGGGAACAGUAAUAAAUUGAAAUAUGGUUUACAAACAUCCAUGGUUUUGAAAAUGUCUGCCUCCACAGCAUUGGUGUUAUUUCUCUUCAUCAAUCAUUACCAGAAAAAUAACAAUUUGUUACUAUCAAUAUCGCCAUUUUGGCCUUCCCUUAGCGAUUUUGAUUAAUUGCUGCUGCAAUGUUCACAGUAUUUUUAAUUUUUAUGUUGAUGUCUUUCAUCUCUCCUUUUGUACAAAUCAUUUUCAGACCAGCGUAUGUAAACCUUACCAAUAUAAACAAAAUAAAAUCAGUGUCUUAUGACUACAGAGGAUAAGUGUUAGUUAAGGAAAAGUGUAUAGUACUUUUCUGUGAGUUCCAGAAGGUUAGUUUUUUUUUGUUGUUGUUUUUUUAAGGAGGGUAAUGCACUACCACAUUUUCACCAGCCUCAUUUCUUAUUAUCUGAGCCCUUGUAUGGUGUCAUUACCAAAAGGGGGUGAAGGCAAUAAGCUGUUAAGCACAGAAGUAAAUAAUUAAAAAAUAUAUUGGUAUUUUGAUAUUUUCCUUUCUGUGCUGUAUUUUUGUAGAAUACUAAGAUUAUUUUUUAAAACAGUCAUUAAUUUUAUUAAGCAGUCUGUUUCAAAUUUUGUCUUUGACAAGCAAAAAGGUGCUUGUCCCCAAAGAUAGCCCAAGUCAUGAAAGUUAAAAAACCACAAAACAAAGUGUAAUUUGUACAUGUUAAUGUUUGUGGAAGUAGAACUGAUGGAAAAGCACAGAAAAAUAGUUGGGUUUGGAGCAUCCUGUCAAAAUGAGUUUUUGCAGACUAGUAAGUUGUUUGCUUUUUUUUGUGUGUUUUCCAUAAUUAGCCAUAAUUGUUUAUAUAUAAAAAAAAAAAAAAGCGUGGACAACUAGAUGUACACAGAUAGGAUUUUCUAUGGCUGGUUCAGAUCACCCAGUGAUUGGCUAAUCUGAAUCCACUUCCUAAUUACGACUCAAAUUGGGAGUCAUUUGCUAAUUCCAUGUGCAUUUUUAAAGUGAGCUGGUAAGUAUUUCAGACAUGUUUUCAAUAGUGAAAUUUGCUAUUUUAAUGUUUAAAAUAGAUUUUAAAUGACAUUAGAACUCAAUAAUUAUUGAAUAGGAGAUGGGAAUUUAGUUUUUUUCUUUGACAGAUAAUGUUGCUGUGGCAAACAUCGUUUUUCUUUGGCAGUUACUGGCUGAGAUCCAGGCAUCCGUUUGAUCAAUUAAGUUUUGUUUCUUCAUUUAUCCACUACAGUUGUCUUUUUGACUUUCAUUAUUAGAAUGCCUGGAGCCCUCAAUGUAUAUUGGUCAUCCUGUAUCACUUUUCUAAUAAGUAGGAAACAAUGAAAUGAAUAAAUGAACCUUGACUAAAGGUCUUACUUGAAUAAUCCGCUUUCAUUCAGGCAGAAACAUUACCAAGAUUCCCAUUGGUGCUCUGCUCUCCCAAACGUGCAAAAGCCAUUUACUUGGCUUGUGCUAAGAAGAAGUUGUCAAACCUAAGCAAAUGCUACAGUAUGUUAGGAGUGGAAAUCUGAUUCAGAUAGCUGGCCAAUCAUUUGGUGCAUCCUUAACUAAACAUUUUUAUUCAUUUCUUCCCCUGUAAGAUUUAAGUUAUAUCCCUACUGCUUUAAAGUAUUGUGUUUAACAUCACUGUUAGUUUUGAUCUGAAUUUGUAAGAUUACUACAGAGUUGAGACAAAUGAAAGAGCCCCCUUUCUGCUCCAAACCUUUUAUUUAACUUCAUUGAAAAUUUACAAAAAUGGGCAGGAUGUCUUGGUUUGUUGAAUGCAGUAAAACAGUUUCAUCCCAGUUGAACCACAUUAUGCGGUUUUGGGGAUGAGUUUCAAACUGACAUUUCUUUAACAUAACCAUACUUGCUAGGCCACUGCUUACAUCAAAUACUUUCUUUAAACAGAUUAAAUUCUGAUGCUGGCUACUUUUGGUACAGUCACUUUAAAGCUAAUAUGUAAGUUUGUGUCUGGUUUUGAACAUGCUCAACACGUUUGUGCUGCUUGAUUUUUAUUUUUUAAAAUAAUGGCCUUUUAAUAGUGUAAUUUUGGCAAAAGAAGAACAUCAGAAGUAAUUGUAUAUAUGAAUACUCAAGAUAGCUAUGGUCUUGAGAGAGUCAGAAUUGUGUCACAUGAUUUAGUUUGAGAGGUUUUAAUCAGUAUAUUACAGUGCCACCAAGUAAAUUAAUUGUAGGUAGAGUGCAGAUGACUUCAGUUUACAGUUUGUUUUUUUUUCUAAAUUCUAUACAGCAUUACAUAUGAAGAGAAUGAUUUUAUCCAAAGUCCACAUGUUUCAUUUUGUUUUUCAUUUGGAAAUAAUCAAUAGUGAUUUAUUGCACAU